AUGGAACUGAAAGAUGCUGCAAAAGCUCAUAUAGAAGCCUACAACGCAAUCUUCGAUGAAAACGUACUUGACAAUCUUGUGGCUGGAAUUCCGCCGCUGAUCAGGGGAAGAACGAAGAUAGUUGUGGAGGACAUUCACAUUUCUCCUCCAUACCUCAGUGACAAGGACCAUAUUUCUGUGGACAGAAGACUAUUUCCUAGGGAAUGCCGGGAAAGAGGACUAACAUACAGAGGAAAGAUAGCUGUGAGAGUCUCCCUGUUCUAUGACAGCAAGCAUGUGAUGACCGAGGAUAAGUUUGCGGGAUAUUUUCCCAUUAUGGUCAGGUCGAAGCUCUGCCAUCUGAAGAAUGUCGAGAGCAUGAACAGGGUUGGGGAGGAUGAAGAAGAGAUCGGAGGAUACUUCAUAGUUAACGGGAUCGACAAAUUUGUUAGGCUUGGAAUCAUACAAAAAAGGAACCAUAUAUUUGCAUUCAAGCAGCGGAAAAAAGAGAGUUUCUUUACUGGCUAUGGAGUAUCCAUGAGAUGUGUAGGCAAGGACGAGAUUGGCCAUUUGAACAGCCUGUACUACUGCACUGAUGGGAAUGUUAUUAUCAAGAUAUUCUACAAAAGAUCUACAUUUUUAUUUCCUUUGGUUCUUAUUCUAAGAGCAUUGGUUAAUACAACAGACGAGGAGUUAUUUGAAGCACUUGGCGGAGGAGACAAGGCCAUUCAUCUUCUCAAGUGCUUUGCAGAAUAUAAUGUCUUUUCAAGAACAGAAUGUCUUGAUUACAUUGGAUCUCGAUUUUUGGCGGUCAUAGAUGUGGGAACAAAGGUCGGAGCUGCCGAAGAAGUCUUGAGCAAAUAUGUGGCCUCCCACCUCUCAUCGAAUCUUGACAAGUUCAACUUUCUAGUGCUUGCAGCAAAAAAGCUAUUUUCCUUUGUGAACAAUGAGAUAGCGGAGGAUGACUUUGAUUCGUCAGGUAAUCAUGAGUUGCUUACAGUAACGCAGAUUUUGUCUUCCUUCAUAAGGGAUAAGAUAGAAGAAUACAUGAAGCUGUUUCGCAUUAUAUGUAGGAAAGCAUACUUUAAGAAUGCGGGAGGAAAAAGAAAGUUGGAGGAGGACGAAGGUGUUGAAGACGGUCUCUAUGAGGAUAAGCUGGAUCUGACUGAAAUCAAGGAAGUGUUCAAGAAAACGCCCAUUAGUAUUGGACAUAAGAUAGAUAUGUUCUUGUAUGGUGGGAAUGCAGUCUUCUCGAGUUGCUCUGAUAUUCUCCAGAAAACAGGGUUUGUGAUUACUGCGGAAAGGAUCAACUUCUACAAAUAUCUCACCAAUCUUCGUAGCAUCAAUAGGGGCAGCCACAUUUCUUCGUUGGUGACAGAUGUCCGUAAACUUAGGCCAGAGUCCUGGGGGUUCAUCUGUCCAGUGCAUACACCUGAUGGGGCGCCAUGUGGAAUUCUUCUGCAUAUGGCCAAAGGAGCGGAAGUUGUCUCUAAGGUCGAGGAUUUCGAUACAGACAUCUUCUUUGAAUUUGGGGUUGUUCCGGCCAUAAGGGGGGCCAAAAUGGAUGUCCCUGUCCUUGUGGACGGAAGGAUAAUUGGGUCGACGUCAUCACCUUCCAUCCUCGUCCGCAUGUUAAGAGAAUACAAGGUCAAGAAUAACCUAAAGAUCGAGAUAGUAUAUAGCGAGGGGCCCAAGAUGUUUCCUUCUGUGUGUGUUUUCAAUUCAGUCGGAAGGUUCGCCAGGAAAGUUAUGAACAGGAAGCUGAACUCGGAGGAGUGGAUUGGAAUAAUGGAGCAAGUUUUCCUAAGCAUAGAUGUUGAGGAAGGGAAAGGAGAAGGAGACUAUUAUGAAAUAGACAAGACCAAUAUAUUGGGGAUAUUGGCUGAGCUAACACCAUAUUCUGAUCAUAACCAGAGUCCUAGAAACAUGUACCAAUGCCAGAUGGCAAAGCAGGCAAUAGGGAUUCCGGCAUACAACAUUAAGACAAGAACAGACUCGAGCAUGUAUACUGUAAACUACCUACAGUCUCCAAUCGUCAGAACAAAAGGAUACGACCUCGUCAAGAAUUAUCCUGUAGGGAUUAAUUGCAUGGUGGCGGUUCUUUCGUAUACAGCAUAUGACAUGGAGGAUGCCUUGGUCAUCAGCAAGAACAGUAUUGAUAGAGGGCUAUUUACGGGAUACAUUUACAAGACAGAAAAAGUGUCCUUAGAAAAAGGCCGCUAUUUCACACAUCUUCUGCCUGUUGGCGAGAGGAUAGAAAAAGGAUUAGUUUUAUACAGAUAUGUUGAUCAGGAGGGCAGAGAGUAUGAGAGCAAAUACUUCGAGGCUGAGGGGGGAGUCAUAGAUUCUGUUAGGGUAUUUGACAAUGAUUCUGGAGAGAGAUGCGCUACAUUCACGAUAAGGAUUGUUCGAAACCCUUCUAUUGGAGAUAAAUUCAGCUCGAGGCAUGGACAGAAAGGAGUUUGUUCUAUGAAUUGGCCAACGGUUGACAUGCCAUUUACAGAGUCGGGAUACGUUCCAGACAUUAUUAUUAAUCCUCAUGCGUUUCCAAGCCGAAUGACGAUUGGGAUGCUGAUUGAGUCGAUUGCAGGCAAAGUUGGAUGCCUAAGUGGAAAUGUGCAAGACGGAACUGCGUUUGAAAGGGGGCUCCUUUCGGGAGAAGAUGAGAAGAACAGAAGAAAGGAGCUCCUAUGCAAGGAGCUCCAAGAGCAUGGCUUCAACUACUAUGGAAAUGAGCCGAUGUACAGCGGGAUAUCAGGAAAUGAGCUUCGCGUCGACAUAUUCGUGGGGGUUGUAUACUAUCAGAGGCUAAAGCAUAUGGUUGGAGACAAGUUUCAGGUGCGUACGAAAGGAGCCGUUGUGUCUACGACCCGGCAGCCAGUUGGGGGAAGGAAGAAACAGGGGGGGAUCCGUUUUGGAGAAAUGGAGCGUGAUGCUUUAAUCUCGCACGGGGCCUCGCAUCUUUUACAAGAUAGACUUCUCAAAUGCAGUGAUGGGACAAUGUUUGAGUAUUGCGGUACUUGCAAGAGUAUUCUAUUUACAAACAACGGCGACUGUAUUUGUGGAAGCAGUGACCUCAAGACAGUUGAAAUGCCAUAUGUCUUCAAGUACCUAUGCUACGAGCUGCUUGCAAUGAAUAUAAGGGUUAAGAUCGAUCUAUGA